AUCCGAUCUAUUUGGUUCAUAUGCAGAGGCAUCUUGUGCUGCCCUUGUUGUUGCAGGACUGGUGCUGCUACCAAUGUUAUCUUUGGUCUUGCCUUGGGAUACAAGUCUGUUAUCAUUCCAAUUUUUGCCAUUGCAAUUAGUAUUUUUGUAAGUUUCAGUUUUGCUGCUAUGUAUGGUGUUGCUGUUGCUGCACUUGGAAUGUUGAGUACUAUAGCAAUCGGAUUAGCCAUCGAUGCAUAUGGUCCAAUCAGUGACAAUGCCGGAGGUAUUGCUGAGAUGGCUGGAAUGAGUCACAGAAUUCGUGAGAGAACCGAUGCUCUUGAUGCUGCAGGAAACACAACUGCUGCCAUUGGAAAGGGGUUUGCUAUUGGUUCUGCCGCCCUUGUGUCUUUGGCCCUUUUUGGUGCCUUUGUGAGCCGUGCUGGUGUUACAACCGUCGAUGUCCUGACUCCCAAGGUUUUCAUCGGUCUGAUUGUGGGCGCCAUGCUCCCUUACUGGUUUUCUGCCAUGACCAUGAAGAGUGUCGGAAGUGCAGCAUUGAAGAUGGUUGAGGAAGUUCGCAGGCAAUUCAACACGAUUCCUGGAUUGAUGGAGGGAACUGCGAAACCUGACUAUGCCACAUGUGUGACAAUCUCCACCGACGCUUCCAUCAAAGAAAUGAUCCCACCUGGUGCCCUUGUUAUGCUAACACCCCUUAUUGUUGGGAUCUUUUUUGGUGUUGAAACACUUUCUGGUGUCCUUGCCGGAUCAUUGGUUUCUGGUGUACAGGUAAUUAAUGUUUGGUACCCACUGUCUGCUGCUUGUAAUACAAUCAAUAUUAAUUCAUGAUGCAA